AUGAUGAUGCAACCACCUCCCCUCAUGUCCUGCGAUAAUCCACAUUAUUGGGUGAACUUCACAAUGUCAAUCGCCUCUUCGCUUUCCUCGCAACUCAAAGCCUCAAUAUCAGACCCCCCACCUCAGAACACACCUUUCAACAGAGACCCCGAGAGUCUUAAUAAGAAGUCUGAAAGCUCAAUGUCAAAUAACAAUAUGGCUGGACGCGACAGUUCCCAAACGGCGCCGACGCCAAACCAGCUGCAGGCGCCAUUCACCCCACGUCGAAUGGGCUUUCCCGGACCCCUCUCUCUAAAAAUGCCUUCACGUGGGCCCCUAUCGCCAGUUCUUGACCCUGCACUGGGGUAUUCUGUAGCUCGUCGUCCAAGGCUCGACUUUGCGCGUGCUUGCACGUCGCUACACCACUCCACACUAGCGGAACAACCAUCACCAGAUUCCUCGCCGUCAACUUCAACAAGCUUCCCUAUACCUCGGAAUAAUAAAGGAUCAGAUUCCCCAAUUGCUAAUCAUCAUCAUUACCACCAUUCAUCAUCCCACGCUUCUUCUCUUGGGUCUGCUUCAAUGAUGGAUUAUGCACCGUCUGGUGACGAUAGUGAUUCAUCAAGUGACGAGGAUUUGGAUGUGGAUUUAGAUUUGGAACUUGGCACCCCCUUUGCACCUGCAAUACAAAGCACGGAGUCUGCCGCUUCAAUAUCGCUUAUGAAUCACCAGAAGGCUCGGUUGGGCGGCCGUGCUGGAAGAAACUCAAGACAUAGCUCUUUGUCAUCUGCCAGUGCGUCUAAUAGUUCACUUGCGAGCCCAUCGCCAACCACUCCACCCGUGCAAAACAGCAGUUUUGGGGUUGGUUAUUUCGGGCGUUCAAAGGAAGGGGCUGCAAGGAGGAAAGAUAGUCUCACGACAGCUCUGCGCAAUUCGCUGGCAGUUGGGGGCAGAGGGAACGAUGAUGAAAAGAGACCAGAUCCUAUCAGGAGGCCCGUAUCAAGACGAGGGUCACUGUUGCCCAAAACUAAAACGUUUCAACGUAUCAAAGCCGCGUUACAGGAAGAGGCAUCGCCGGUUGACAUGGAAGUUAAGCGUGAGGCAGAGAUCACUCGUCAGAUCCGUGAAGAAGACGAGGAGAGUGUUCCCGCCACAGCCAUUCCUACACAGCCAAGUAUGGACCAGGAAUUAUCUGAUAUUCGUGAAGAGGAUGAAAGUAUGGGCAGCAGUGGGGAAAAUGUGGGGCUGGUAGGAAAUAAGGGGAUUGGGAUUAGUUUUUCCAGACAGGCGCAAAAGCAUGGUGGAUUCUGGUUCGGUGAUCAGAUGGAUGGGCUCGGUGGAAGUCCUCCAACAUUCCCUGGGUUGAGAAUGACCUCUGACGGCGAUAUAAUGAUGAAUUCUGAAUCGACUGUUUCUUCGCCAGUAGCUAGUGUUCCCGCCGAUAUGCGUCGUCCUAAGAGAAGACGGACACAAGACGAAAGAUUUGAGCCGGAGUUUUUUAAACGCAGGGCUGUAUCACCGGGGCUUUCCCAUAGCCCUAUUCUUGCAGCAUCCCCGCCUCUCAGUGGAGCGAACGGUGGAGGCAAACGGCUCAAUUUUCAAGGCAUGAGUGAUACCGGUGACGGCAUUAUGAAGAUGAGCCUACAGUGA